AUGCCACCAAAGGGAUGGAAAAAGAAUGCCGAUCCAAGUGAACAGCCAUUUAGGGAUACCGACCCCGUUUCAAUAGAUGACAUUUUGUUUCCUCGAUCAACAAUUCUGAAAUUGGCCAGAUCAAUCACCUCAGAUGAAGAUAAUCAAAAUACUAUGACAUUGGCAAAAGACUCUCUAUUAGCGUUGCAGAGAUCAGCUACUGUAUUUGUAAGCUAUAUGUUAUUUCAUGCAAAACAAGUGUCGAAAGCUGCCGGUAGAAAGACGGUGACUGCUCAGGAUAUGAUGGCAGCUUUAGAACGAGCUGAGUUUGCCGGUUUCCUUCCAGAAGUGAAACAAAGGUUGGGAGAGUUUGAAUCGAUGGCAAAAGCAAAGAAACAAAAGAAAUUGGACGAAAAGAGUGCAAAUAAAGAGGAGGCUAUGACAAAGAAACCGAAAUUAUCACCUCAAGUUGGUGAAGUUGAAUCACGUGAAGUUGUCUCAAGUGACACAGAAGACGAAGAUGAUGAGGAUGCUGAUGCUGAAGAUGAGGAAACUCGAGAAGAGCUGAGCGACGAAAUUGAAGAUGGACUGGACGUCGAGGAGAAUGCUGCGAUAAAUCCUAUAUCUGAGCUUGCCAAAGAUGAGCAGGAAUUGCGUGGAGAAGAGAUUGACGAUGAUAGGCAGACUGAAGAAGACGAGGAAAUAGAGUAG